UUUGGAGCGAGCGGAGGCACUUUACAUUGCAUACCAGUCUAGGGGCUUUUCCGACGCAGUUUUGCAGGAAAGACUUAUGGGGGUAAUACAAAACAGAGGAGGAACAAGAAGCAGAAGCGAAAUGUAAUACACAUUUACAACGCCUGCAAAGCAAAGGGAACAACAGCAAGGGAGUUUGCCUCGCUAAAAAGUAAUGACGUGGAUCCCCAAAGCGAUGGAUGAAAGAAAGCCAUGAAGAUGUGCAAAACUGUUAACUCGUUUUAAAAGGGAAGCGAGCGGAUCGAAACUACUACUGCUGGAAGCGUAACAGAGGAAAUCACCGCAUGUAAAGGAAUUGCUUCUAAUAUAGGAACUGCUUUUUUGUUGUAAAAAUUAAAGAUGGGUAAAGGCUUGCGAAGAGGUUAAGAAAUUAGCUGAUUGAGGAAAUGAAGCCUAAACAAAGCGUGCCUUCUGCACUGGAAAUAUUGAAGUGAAAUGAACCAUUUUCCUGGGCACGCAGAUAAGUGAAAAGACAACAGCUGCCAAGGAAACCUGAAAGAUGAAGCCCUCUGUGCCCCUGUUUCUUCUUAUCUGUUCGGCUGCCUCCACAAACUGGAGAUCCAUUUCCAAGAGAAACUAUGUGGACGGCUGUAUAGACUGGUCGGUGGAUUUGAAGGAGUACAGAGUGCUGGCGGGGGAGCCCGUGCGGGUCAAAUGCGCGCUGUUCUACAGCUACAUCAGAACCAACUACACCAUGGCCCAAAGUACCAAGCUCAGGCUCAUAUGGUAUAAAAACAAGGGCGACUCAGAAGAGCCCAUUAUAUUUUCAGGACAUAGACUGAGCAAAGAGGACGACUCAAUCUGGUUUCGUUCAGCAGAACUAGUGGAUAAUGGCUUUUAUACCUGCGUUUUGAGAAACUCCACGUACUGUAUGAAGGUGUCCAUGUCCUUGACGGUGGAGGAGAAUGACUCGGGGCUCUGCUACAACAGUAAAAUCAGAUACCUGGAAAAGUCUGAGAUCACAAAGAGGAAAGAGAUCCCCUGCCCUGAUUUAGAGGACUACAUCGUUCCAUACAAGCAGCCACUUAUAACGUGGUACAAGGAAUGCAUUCCGAAAACGUGGAGGAGUUUGGUGAUAGUGAACUCCACGAGCGUGCUGAUACCCGAGGUUGAAGAAAUGGACGGUGGGAAUUACACGUGCGAGCUGAAAUAUGGCAGCAAGUUUGUGCGAAGAACAACAGAGCUGCAGGUUACAGGGGGGGGGGGGGGGGGGGGGGGGGGGGGGCACAUUUUUUGCUGUGGUUACAUUUGA